AAACCUCCUCUCGCUGUUUUUCCAAUGGGGUACGACUCAGCCUCGUGACCGAGCUACAGGUCGCUCUCUCCGCUAUCCUGACCUGUCCUGGACUGUGUGUGAAACAAUAACUGCAUUCACUAUGUUAUGCCUCAUUACUCGUCCGGACUCGGUGGUUCUGGAAGUGGAGGUGGACCCAAAAGCAAACGGAGAGGACAUUCUCAAUAAGAUAUGCCGGAAAAUGGGAAUCAUAGAGGUGGAUUAUUUUGGACUUCAGUUCACUGGUGUAAAGGGAGAGAUUUUAUGGAUGAAUCUCAGAAACAGGAUUUCUCAACAAGUGGACUGCUUGUCUCCCUGCAGACUGAGGCUGCGAGUGAAGUUCUUUGUUGAGCCACAUCUAAUCCUGCAAGAGCAAACCAGGCAUUUGUUUCUGAUGCAUGUGAAGGAGGAGCUUUUCAAAGGAAGCUUGCGAUUGGACGCAGAGCAGGCGAUCAAGCUCUCUGCACUACUGGCUCAGGCAGAGUUUGGAGAUUACAACCAAAACACAGCCAACUACUGCUACUCACAGAUCUAUGGUCAAGAGCCCAGCCAUGACACCAUCAACAAUAUUUGUUUGAGGCAUAAGGCAUUGGAGGGUGUUAGUCAGGCUUCAGCAGAAUAUCAAGCCCUGCAGCUGGUUUCCUCCCUCAACUACUAUGGCGUGGAGUGGCAUUCUGCGCGUGACUCUGAGGGACAGGAGCUGCUCAUCGGGGUCGGACCAGAGGGCCUGUUCGUCUGCAAAACAGAUUUCACCACAAUUGAAAGAAUCGUAUACCCAGUCAUUCAAAUGGCCACACAGUCCGGAAGGAAUGUGUAUGUGACCAUCACAAAGGACAGUGGGGACAGUAUGGUUCUCCUUUUUAAGUUCAUCAGUCCUUGUGCUGCCAAUGGACUAUAUCGCGCUAUCACAGAGAUUCACUCCUUCUAUAGGUGUGACACUGUAAUGAGCACGGUGAAGAUGCAAUAUAGCCGAGACUUCAAGGGUCACCUGGCCUCCCUCUUCCUCAAUGAAAGCAUUGACCUUGGUAAACGGUACAUCUUUGACAUUCAGCGCACAUCCAAAGAAGUGUAUGACCGUGCCCGGCGAGCCCUGUUCAAUGCAGGGAUGACUGUGAAUGGAUGUGGGAGCCCAAGAGACAGUGCCAGUCACUCGCCGCUGAGACAGAUAAAAGUUGAAAGGGAAAAGCGAAUGUGUGUUGGCUGCAGAGAAACUCACAUUCUCAAGGAGAAGCUCCAAAUGUUACAAGAUGCCCUGACCUGCGCUCUGUGCUGCGAACAGGAGAUCAAUGCUGCUUUCUGUCCUUGUGGACACAUGUUCUGCUGCUAUAAGUGUGCCAGCCAACUUCAGUGUUGCCCAGUUUGCCGUUCAGAAGUGGACCGUGUUCAGCAUGUCUAUUUACCCACCUGUGCCAGUCUACUUGGCUUGGCAGAGGCAAAAACCACUACUUCAGUGUGCAGCGGGACUGCCGUCUCAGAGGAUUGUAUCAAUAAAGAAAACACCUGCCAGCUGUAGGAUGGAUAACAUCUGCACACCACACAUGGACACUAUUGGCCACAGAAUAUUUGAAUAUUUUAAAAAUACAGAGGAAAUGUUAGGAUAAAAUAUUUAGUGGUUCUAUUAAGCUGAACUGCACAGAGUGAGGCUGGCUAUCCAGAAGUACCUCAAAAAAAAUCUGACUACUGCUAAUCAUACUGUUAUUUUACAUAGUGUGCACAUUACAGGGUUAAAAAUGAAUAAACCAUUUACACUGGGGGCAACUGUUGUUCAUGCUACACAGCAAUAGCAACAUUUCCUGUGAUUUUUUUAUGUACUGUAUCAGAAUGUCAAGACAAAUGUAGUUAACACUCCACAUCAUCAACUAUAUUCUUUAUCAAAAGGGAUUUUUUAAAGGUUUAUUUUAUAUUUGUCUUUGUUUGUGUAUGCAGUUUUAUUGAACGAAUAUUUCAAAUAAUAUAUUUCAUUUAAUUACACAAAAUGGGAGUCUUUCUAGUGCUACUGCGGUAUUCACAAAAUAAGCCUUUAAUGCACUAUUACAAAAAGGUCUAAAUAACAAAGAGUUAUGUCCUCUUUUUUACUGACAUGUAUUUCAUCCGUAUCCGAACAGAAUAAAGAGCUUUUACACACCUUUUAA